UCUAAUUUUUCCUUCUUCAGCAGCCACUCGUUUUCAUUAGGGUUUUUCCCUCUCCAGUUUCGGCAUAUCUCGCAGGGAGGUUAAAGAGACGGCGUCUUUCCGCUGUCCGCCUUGACUAAGCUCUAGCUUCGUCUUGGCCCUCGAUUUUGCUCUCUUUGUGAGUUGUGUAGUUACGUAGUCAGUUAUUUACACUAUUGUAUAUCAGAGCAAAGCUAAAGCAGAAAUGGCGGUGAAAUCAUCUAAGGCAGAUAAGAAGAUAGCUUACGACGCUAAGCUAUGUCAGCUCCUGGACGAGUUCAGCCAGAUCCUGAUCGUGGCAGCCGACAACGUUGGGUCCAACCAGCUUCAGAAUAUCCGCAAGGGUCUUCGCGGCGACUCAAUCGUGCUCAUGGGCAAGAACACCAUGAUGAAGAGGUCUAUCAGGAUCCACGCCGACAAGACCGGCAACAAGGCCUUCCUUAACCUCAUCCCACUCCUUCAGGGAAACGUCGGUUUGAUCUUUACUAAGGGCGACUUGAAGGAAGUGAGCGAGGAGGUUGCCAAAUACAAGGUUGGAGCUCCUGCUCGUGUAGGAUUGGUUGCCCCAAUUGAUGUUGUUGUCCCUCCAGGAAACACUGGUCUUGAUCCAUCACAGACCUCUUUCUUCCAAGUGCUAAACAUUCCCACCAAGAUUAACAAGGGUACUGUUGAAAUUAUUGCCUCUGUGGAACUUAUCAAGAAGGGUGAGAAGGUUGGAUCUUCUGAGGCUGCUCUUCUCGCUAAGCUUGGCAUUCGGCCAUUCUCUUACGGUCUGAUUGUCCUGUCUGUGUAUGACAAUGGAUCAGUCUUCAGUCCAGAAGUACUGGAUCUCACUGAGGAUGACCUUGUUGAGAAGUUUGCAUCUGGUGUCUCAAUUAUCACUGCAUUAUCGCUAGCCAUCUCCUACCCAACCUUAGCUGCCGCACCACACAUGUUCAUCAACGCCUACAAGAACGUGCUGGCUGUUGCCGUUGCCACCGACUACUCCUUCCCUCAGGCUGAAGAAGUGAAAGAGUACCUAAAGGAUCCUAGCAAAUUUGCAGUUGCUGCCGCCCCAGUUGCUUCUGAUGCAGGUGCUGCUCCUGCUGCUGCUGCUGCAAAGGAGGAGAUAAAGAAGGAAGAACCAGCUGAGGAGUCUGAUGAUGAUAUGGGUUUCAGCUUGUUUGACUAAGCUUUAUGUUGUUGUUAUAAAUUGUUAGGAUGGUUAUCUUUACCGUGUUAUCCAACAACUUUGGGCGUUUCUUUUGUUAUCUUUUUCUGUUAAUCAGCAUGUUUGUCGAGAAUUAACUAAGAUUGCGGUAUUGAUUUAAUGUUCAUUUGUUUGUUACCUGCAA